AUGAUCCGGCCUCGACCACCGAAGACGGGUUUUAGUGCGCAGCAAAAAGAUCAAUGGUUAAUGGCAAGCCAGAAUAAAAUGCGUUCAAAUACUGCGCCCGAGUCAGGCGAAUUGAGCACAGUAGAUGAGUUGAUGCUACACCCGGGCUUUCUGGGACUGUCCCCGGAUGAAGCCUCGGGUUCUGCGCACCGUGAGCUCUUACAUAUAUCGCCAGAUCAGGAUGCCCAGAAACACCUUUCCUCGCCACCUGUGCCUCUGACAAGUGGCUCGAGUUCGCCUGACUAUCCAGAACCAGAAGGCAACACAGCUCGCAGCCUGCGGCUCGACAAGAUCAGCAAACAAGACGAGGUUUCCAACGCGUCUCGCAAUGCGACGAAAGAGAACUGCCGACUGAUUCGAAAGUUCCUCCCUGGCAGACCGUUCUAUCCACCCAAGAGAGGCCAUUUUGCGGCUCUUCUCUCUACCCCUCGGACCCGCGACAUAAUCUUGAGGCCAGGUCUCAGAUUUGUCGCUGACCAACCGAAAAAGGUCCGGCUUCUGAUUGUCCAUAUGACCGGCGAGGAAGCGCCAGUGCCAUGCAACUCCUGCAGCCUGGACCGUGGUCCUUUCAAGAAGUGCGUCGCUAUCAGUAAGGCCGCCGCAGGUGAGACGACAAAUGGAACUGUGUGCUGCACGAACUGCGCGUGCAAGAGGGGCUUACCACACAAGUGCAACGUUCAAGACUUACUGGGCCGACCAGCUGGGAGGAUAAAACGCAUUCGACUUAAAGCAGGCCCUGUCUCUGAAUCAAAAGAGCAACCCAAACUGGGUGAGACCGGCUCGGGAGUGACCAGCUUGGAAGCGACCGCCGAGAGAGUCACCAAGAUUGACAAUGUUUUCACGUUCAAGAUUCACUCGCUCCCGAUGGAUAGCUCGCUUAGUCUCGAUGCAGACCCUCGGAGUCUGCGUCUCUGUUCGGUGGCGGCGGGGAAAGUCAUGGUGGAGUUGGAGGGCAACAUGCCUUUCUUGAUCGGAACUCACGGGAUGUUCAAGCUGUGUCCAGAAGGAAGCGCACAAGUCACAAAUGCUUCAGGAGAAGAAGCUGUACUCCACGUGUCUGUUUUAAAAGUUUAA